GGGUUCAAAUCCUGGCCACACCACUUGUUAGCUCUGUGGCCUCAGGCAAGGGACUGGCGUCCUGUGAACCCGUGUCCUUGCCUGCCUGCAGAUGGGUUCUUGUGAGGGGCUAAGUGAAGUGAUGGCUGUAAAAUGCAUAGAACGGUUCCUGGCACGUGGUAAGUGCUCACUAAAUGGGUUAGUGACGUCUAGCGAUGCCUGUCCUGCUUUCCUGUCUUGCUCUGCAUCUUUAGCCGUGUGACCUCAGGCUGGCCUCCAAGCCUCUUUUUCCUCAUCCGUAAAAUGGGUAUCAGAACACUUCCCUGGUAGUGCGCUACAAGCCUCAUUUCCAAAUUUGUGGAAGGUCAGCGCUGUGGGGUCCCCCAACCCUCACCAUCUCAGCAGACCUCUCAGGACCCCGAGGUAGCAGAGUUGAGAGGGGCCCUCGGGGCCUUGUGCAUGGGGCAGUGGGGAGACAGAGGUGUGGUGAGGACACCGACUUGCCAGGGUCACACAGCCAGGGUGGGUGUCCAGAGGGGAUCCACAGCUGCCCUCUGGCCUGACUGGGUCUCCACUCCCCACCCCAAUGCCCCACAGCCAGAGGAGCUGACCAACAUCCUGGAGAUCUGCAAUGUGGUCUUCACCAGCAUGUUUGCCCUGGAGAUGAUCCUGAAGCUGGCUGCGUUUGGGCUCUUCGACUACCUGCGUAACCCCUACAACAUCUUCGACAGCAUCAUUGUCAUCAUCAGCAUCUGGGAGAUCGUGGGGCAGGCGGACGGUGGGCUGUCGGUGCUGCGGACCUUCCGGCUGCUGCGCGUGCUGAAACUGGUGCGCUUCAUGCCUGCCCUGCGGCGCCAGCUCGUGGUGCUCAUGAAGACCAUGGACAACGUGGCCACCUUCUGCAUGCUGCUCAUGCUCUUCAUCUUCAUCUUCAGCAUCCUUGGGAUGCAUAUUUUUGGCUGCAAGUUCAGCCUCCGCACGGACACUGGAGACACGGUGCCCGACAGGAAGAACUUUGACUCCUUGCUGUGGGCCAUCGUCACUGUGUUCCAGAUCCUCACCCAGGAGGACUGGAACGUCGUUCUCUACAAUGGCAUGGCCUCCACUUCUCCCUGGGCCUCCCUCUACUUUGUCGCCCUCAUGACCUUCGGCAACUAUGUGCUCUUCAACCUGCUGGUGGCCAUCCUGGUGGAGGGCUUCCAGGCGGAGGGUGACGCCAAUCGCUCCUACUCGGACGAGGACCAGAGCUCAUCCAACAUAGAGGAGUUUGAUAAGCUCCAGGAAGGCCUGGACAGCAGCGGAGAUCCCAAGCUCUGCCCAAUCCCCAUGACCCCCAAUGGGCACCUGGACCCCAGUCUCCCACUGGGUGGGCACCUAGGUCCUGCUGGGGCUGCGGGACCUGCCCCCCGACUCUCACUGCAGCCGGACCCCAUGCUGGUGGCCCUGGGCUCCCGAAAGAGCAGCGUCAUGUCUCUAGGGAGGAUGAGCUAUGACCAGCGCUCCCUGUCCAGCUCCCGGAGCUCCUACUACGGGCCAUGGGGCCGCAGCGCGGCCUGGGCCAGCCGUCGCUCCAGCUGGAACAGCCUCAAGCACAAGCCGCCGUCGGCGGAGCAUGAGUCCCUGCUCUCUGCGGAGCGCGGCGGCGGCACCCGGGUCUGCGAGGUUGUCGCGGACGAGGGGCCGCCGCGGGCCGCACCCCUGCACGCCCCGCACGCCCACCACGUUCAUCACGGGCCCCAUCUGGCGCACCGCCACCGCCACCACCGCCGGACGCUGUCCCUCGACAACAGGGACUCAGUGGACCUGGCCGAGCUGGUGCCCGCGGUGGGCGCCCACCCCCGGGCCGCCUGGAGGGCGACAGGCCCGGCCCCCGGGCAUGAGGACUGCAAUGGCAGGAUGCCCAGUAUCGCCAAGGACGUCUUCACCAAGAUGGGCGACCGCGGGGAUCGCGGGGAGGAUGAGGAGGAAAUCGACUACACCCUGUGCUUCCGCGUCCGCAAGAUGAUCGACGUCUAUAAGCCCGACUGGUGCGAGGUCCGCGAAGACUGGUCUGUCUACCUCUUCUCUCCCGAGAACAGGUUCCGGGUCCUGUGUCAGACCAUUAUUGCCCACAAGCUCUUCGACUACGUCGUCCUGGCCUUCAUCUUUCUCAACUGCAUCACCAUCGCCCUGGAGCGGCCUCAGAUCGAGGCCGGCAGCACCGAACGCAUCUUUCUCACCGUGUCCAACUACAUCUUCACGGCCAUCUUCGUGGGCGAGAUGACAUUGAAGGUAGUCUCGUUGGGCCUGUACUUCGGCGAGCAGGCGUACCUACGCAGCAGCUGGAACGUGCUGGAUGGCUUUCUUGUCUUCGUGUCCAUCAUCGACAUCGUGGUGUCCCUGGCCUCAGCCGGGGGAGCCAAGAUCUUGGGGGUCCUCCGAGUCUUGCGGCUCCUGCGCACCCUACGCCCCCUGCGUGUCAUCAGCCGGGCGCCGGGCCUGAAGCUGGUGGUGGAGACACUCAUCUCCUCCCUCAAGCCCAUCGGCAACAUCGUGCUCAUCUGCUGUGCCUUCUUCAUCAUCUUUGGCAUCCUGGGAGUGCAGCUCUUCAAGGGCAAGUUCUACCACUGUCUGGGCGUGGACACCCGCAACAUCACCAACCGCUCGGACUGCAUGGCCGCCAACUACCGCUGGGUCCAUCACAAAUACAACUUCGACAACCUGGGCCAGGCUCUGAUGUCCCUCUUUGUCCUGGCAUCCAAGGAUGGUUGGGUGAACAUCAUGUACAAUGGACUGGAUGCUGUUGCUGUGGACCAGCAGCCUGUGACCAACCACAACCCCUGGAUGCUGCUGUACUUCAUCUCCUUCCUGCUCAUCGUCAGCUUCUUUGUGCUCAACAUGUUUGUGGGUGUCGUGGUGGAGAACUUCCACAAGUGCCGGCAGCACCAGGAGGCUGAAGAGGCGCGGCGGCGUGAGGAGAAGCGGCUGCGGCGCCUGGAGAAGAAGCGCCGGAAGGCCCAGCGGCUGCCCUACUAUGCCACCUAUUGUCACACCCGGCUGCUCAUCCACUCCAUGUGCACCAGCCACUACCUGGACAUCUUCAUCACCUUCAUCAUCUGCCUCAACGUGGUCACCAUGUCCCUGGAGCACUACAAUCAGCCCACGUCCCUGGAGACAGCCCUCAAGUACUGCAACUAUAUGUUCACCACUGUCUUUGUGCUGGAGGCUGUGCUGAAGCUGGUGGCAUUUGGUCUGAGGCGCUUCUUCAAGGACCGAUGGAACCAGCUGGACCUGGCCAUUGUGCUACUGUCAGUCAUGGGCAUCACCCUGGAGGAGAUUGAGAUCAAUGCGGCCCUGCCCAUCAAUCCCACCAUCAUCCGCAUCAUGAGGGUUCUGCGCAUUGCCCGAGUGCUGAAGCUGUUGAAGAUGGCCACGGGAAUGCGGGCCCUGCUGGACACGGUGGUGCAAGCUUUGCCCCAGGUGGGCAACCUGGGCCUCCUCUUCAUGCUGCUCUUCUUCAUCUAUGCUGCUCUCGGGGUGGAGCUCUUUGGGAAGCUGGUCUGCAACGACGAGAACCCGUGCGAGGGCAUGAGCCGGCAUGCCACCUUCGAGAACUUCGGCAUGGCCUUCCUCACACUCUUCCAGGUCUCCACGGGUGACAACUGGAACGGGAUCAUGAAGGACACGCUGCGGGACUGCACCCAUGACGAGCGCAGCUGCCUGAGCAGCCUGCAGUUUGUGUCGCCGCUGUACUUCGUGAGCUUCGUGCUCACCGCGCAGUUUGUGCUCAUCAACGUGGUGGUGGCUGUGCUCAUGAAGCACCUGGACGACAGCAACAAGGAGGCGCAGGAGGACGCCGAGAUGGAUGCCGAGCUCGAGCUGGAGAUGGCCCACGGCCUGGGCCCUGGCCCGAGGCUGCCUACCGGCUCCCCGGGCGCCCCUGGCCGAGGGCCGGGAGGGGCGGGCGGCGGGGGCGACACCGAGGGCGGCUUGUGCCGGCGCUGCUACUCGCCUGCCCAGGAGAACCUGUGGCUGGACAGCGUCUCUUUAAUCAUCAAGGACUCCUUGGAGGGGGAGCUGACCAUCAUCGACAACCUGUCGGGCUCCAUCUUCCACCACUACUCCUCGCCUGCCGGCUGCAAGAAGUGUCACCACGACAAGCAAGAGGUGCAGCUGGCUGAGACGGAGGCCUUCUCCCUGAACUCAGACAGGUCCUCGUCCAUCCUGCUGGGUGACGACCUGAGUCUCGAGGACCCCACAGCCUGCCCACCUGGCCGCAAAGACAGCAAGGGUGAGCUGGACCCACCUGAGCCCAUGCGUGUGGGAGACCUGGGCGAAUGCUUCUUCCCCUUGUCCUCUAUGGCCGUCUCACCGGAUCCAGAGAACUUCCUGUGUGAGAUGGAGGAGAUCCCAUUCAACCCUGUCCGGUCCUGGCUGAAACAUGACAGCAGUCAAGCAGCACCCCCAAGUCCCUUCUCCCCGGACGCCUCCAGCCCUCUCCUGCCCAUGCCAGCCGAGUUCUUCCACCCUGCAGUGUCUGCCAGCCAGAAAGGCCCAGAAAAGGGCACUGGCACAGGAACCCUCCCCAAGAUUGCGCUGCAGGGCUCCUGGGCAUCUCUGCGGUCACCAAGGGUCAACUGUACCCUCCUCCGGCAGGCCACCGGGAGCGACACGUCGCUGGACGCCAGCCCCAGCAGCUCCGCGGGCAGCCUGCAGACCACGCUCGAGGACAGCCUGACCCUGAGCGACAGCCCCCGGCGCGCCCUGGGGCCGCCCGCGCCUGCUCCAGGACCCCGGGCCGGCCUGUCCCCCGCCGCUCGCCGCCGCCUGAGCCUGCGCGGCCGGGGCCUGUUCAGCCUGCGGGGGCUGCGGGCGCAUCAGCGCAGCCACAGCAGCGGGGGCUCCACCAGCCCGGGCUGCACCCACCACGACUCCAUGGACCCCUCGGACGAGGAGGGCCGCGGUGGCGCGGGCGGCGGGGGCGGGGGCAGCGAGCACUCGGAGACCCUCAGCAGCCUCUCGCUCACCUCCCUCUUCUGCCCGCCGCCCCCGCCGCCGGCCCCCGGCCUCACGCCCGCCAGGAAGUUCAGCAGCACCAGCAGCCUGGCCGCCCCCGGCCGCCCCCACGCCGCCGCCCUGGCCCACGGCCUGGCCCGGAGCCCCUCGUGGGCCGCGGACCGCAGCAAGGACCCCCCGGGCCGGGCGCCGCUGCCCAUGGGCCUGGGCCCCUUGGCGCCCCCGCCGCAACCGCUCCCCGGAGAGCUGGAGCCGGGAGACGCCGCCAGCAAGAGGAAGAGAUGAGGGUCGCAGGGGCCCCCGGCCGCCCACCGCCCGCCCCGUCUCACCUUCUUUACCUCAGGAGCCAGGAGCAGACAGCAAUACUUCGUCCACACCUGGGAUCGCGCAGGGCCCGCAGGGCACAGGCGCCCGACAGCCGGGCUGAGCGGAGUCUGGGUUAGCCAGGCCUGCGUGGCCCAUGGUGGCCCUUCCAGUGCACAUACAUAUAUAUAUAUAUAUAUAUAUAUAUAUAUAUAUAUAUAUAUAUGUGUAUACACACACACAUAGACAGACAUAUAUAUAUAUAUUUAUUUUUUUUACUGAGAGCUUAUGACUUCCAGAAAGUGCUAAAGGUGGGAGGUGGGCCAGGGCCUGGACGGGGCUUUUGUCUGAUGCUCUGGGAUUCUGGCCAGACCCACCCCAGGGCACAUGUCCUGCGGGGGCGUCCCAGCUGUGUUUUUUGAUGUCUCCUCCCUGGUUAAGAGUAGCUUGGAGAGGACCCUCAGGCCUCUGAGGGCACCAGGCCCUGGAGAAGAGGUGCAAUUCAGGGUGUGUGUGUGUGUGUGUUUUUUCCUUUAAAGAAGAAACGCUGCUAAGAUCCCACGUGGCUCCCACGUGUUGGGGUGUCUGUCCUGUCAUCCUGACUGUCUCGUUAUUGUGAAGUCUUUCGUAGACACCCCAGAGCACACACAUCCCCUUAGUCCACCGGUUAGAUGUCUCUCUUUAGAAAAAUCAGGGGUGAGUAGCUGUGUUUCCUUAGGACUGGGGUGGGGGAUGGAGGGCAGCUCCAAGGCUGAGCUGGGGCUCUGGCCCCAGGGGAGGUCCCCAGCUCCUGAGCACUUCUGAGGGGGUGGGUUCCACCCCCAGGAGGGCGGGGGUGGGUGGGGCAGGAGUGGAGGCAGCCUGCAGAGGAAGGGUGCGGGAGACUGAGCCGGCCGUGGCUUGCUUGGAGGGGCUAGGGUACCCGCCUGGUCUCGGCUGGCUCCAGCUGCGCUGCAGGUGCCCCUGGGCUCAGGUAGUUAGUUGUUCAGCCACUAAUGCCUUUUAUCCCCCAUAUGGGCGCUGAGCUGUGGCUGUUCCUGGACACUGUGCUGUCCCCGUCCUGAGCAACUAUGCCCCCGCCCCAGUAGGUUCAAGGUAAAGCAGCUCUGACUGAAUUCUAGGCAGGGGUGGGGGCACCUGCCUGGGCCCUGGGUCCAGCCGCAUCCCCAUGCCCAGCCUUUCACGUCACCUGGAGGCCACAUCUUCCCACCCCACCUGCCAGCCCCUGUCUCUCCUCCCCGCUGCCCCUAACUGCAGGUCAGCUUUCACUAUAGCAGUGCUUCCCAAACGGGUUCUAGACUUGGGUGUUUGAUUUGAAGAGUUACGCAUUUAUUUCACUAUUUAUUGGGGAAAAAAAUGCAUUGAACCUGUGAUUUCACAGACAUUUUGCUUAGGUCAAGCCUACUUUUUAAAAAGGGAGUGACUUUCAUGAAGUCAGUUUGAAGAAGGAGGUUGGGAGCAUGUUGGUGGCAGUGAUCUGGAGAGGCUGCAGAGGCCACGAGUUUGGAGAUGCUGUACUUCAGCAAUAACCUUGCCUUUGCUAAGACCCCAUCCGAGGGCUUCAGGGGGGCCUGCCGAGGGGGGGCCUUGUCCUUGUUCCCAAACUCUGACUUGGAAGAACUCAGCUUGUGGCCAGGCUGGUGAGGGUGUGGGGUGCACCCUUCCCUUUUGGGCUGAGGGAGAGGGGGCCGGGAGGGGUUGUCAAGCCCACCCGGGAAACUGAGCCCUGGAGAGGGGAAGCAGCCAGCCCAGGAUGCUUCAGGGCCCUGGCAGCAAAGAAGCUGGGGUGGCAUGGAGGGCCCUACUCCACACCCUAGAGCUGUGAUGCUGAGCAAGGUGCCUGUGGUGGGAGGAACUGCCCGGUCCUCCCUGGGGGCAGGUAGACCUGUGGGGAUGGCUCGGUCCAAGCCCAACGCUGCCCGCUCCAGAGAGCCUCAGCCCUGUCUCCCUUUCCACAGAGGUGGUUUUAUGUGGAACGAGGUACCUUGUCUGGCGAAGAAGUGGGGCUGGGCAGGCUUGACUGCUCCUGGCUGACCCUGAGCGCUCGCAGUUGGAGGGAAGCAGACAGACUUGACUUUUUGCAAGUCCGCGUGUUGCUGAAGGGACAUGUGUAUUGGAGCCCAGAAGAGGGGCUGUGUGGCCUGGGAAUACCAUGUGGAAGGUUGGGCUUCAAGUUAACGGGAUCAGACACCAGUCAAGCAGCCUCAGGUCAUCUUGCGACUCCACUGAGCAGCCUUUCCUGCUGUCACAUGGGUUCAGAGCAGCUGAGCAGGGAACACAUCCUAGGCAGGUCUGACGUGAAACCUCCCCUUACCCUGAACCGUGUGACUCUGCAAGCAGACACCUCGAGGCAGGUGUUCUAGGCAAAGGGAUGGGCAUGAGCGAAGGCUCCAGGGCCCACAGAGCAGGGAGUGUGGAGAAGGUGGAAGAGCUGAGCUCAGAGGCAGAGAAGCUCCUUGCAGGGAGCACUGGGAGAUGGCCUGGCCCGUCCCAGGCUCCUGGAGGCCCCACCUGCCGAUCCCAGGCACUUGACCUUGUUCCUGUGGGUGACAGAGAUGAGAACCAGGGAAGCUGUGAUCCACUGGCCAGGACAAGUCAACAUGGGUGGGGUUGGGCAAAGGGCCCUUCCUUCCUCCCCAACCCUGUGGUCUGGGGCCAUGGCCUCAGGCUUGUGUCUAUCACAAAAGCACAAACUUGCCCUAACCCACAUGGGCCUGGCUGAGGGGAAAGUGGGGACCCAGGUCCCUGAGCUGUCUCUGCUGGGCUCCGUAGAGCGGUGGUGGGCAGGCACCUUGGCAUCCGUGCAGACGGCCCAGUCUGGCCAAAUCCUCUUCCUCUCCUCUGCUCUACCUUCUCCGGCACCAGGCAGCCCCUUAAAGGAGGACAAAGUGUGUAAAGCCCGUCUGCUGGCUUCCCCCAAAUCCUCAGCUCAGAGCCUUCCGCUUCCAGGGCCAACCCCAGCCCAGUUUGCUGCCUUGUGUAAGGGCUUGGGGUCUUAGAAGCUGCUCUUUAGCCCAGAUACACAUACUCUUUUUUGUCUUUGUGCAAUAAUCAGUGUUCCUGGCAGAGCCUGGGCCAAGCUGCAGCCUACUGAGGAGGCAGAGGCCACCUCCUCCAGAAAGCCCUCGGCCUGGGCCGCCGCCGUGACUCUAGCACUCUCAGUCGCUGUACAGUUUCUAUGGUGUGAAUGAACUUCCCUCCUAGUUGCUGAUGGCGCUGGUACCUGCUGGCCCAGAUGGCCCGGGUGUAGAGAAACCAAGCGGCAGCCACCACCAGUGUUGUUUUGAAUAAAAGCCCAGAAGCCUAUUUAAGAAUU